AUGGCCAAACGCUCAAAUACCUCCGCACACAACAGAUCCCAUCAGCACCACCGCAAUGGUAUCCAUAAGUGCGUUGUCAAGAAACUCUGGUUCGAGAAGGGAAUGAACGCUAAGUUCCUCCGCAACGCCAGAUACGCCAAGGCUGGACAGAACAAGUCCGAAGAGGAAGAAGAAUAA